AUGAUUAAUGAUUUUUUUUUUAAGGCAAGAGCAUUCAAUGAAACGCCAAUAAACACUCGAAAAUGCAGUUUAAUUCUAAGUAAACUGCUCUACCUGCGUCAACAAGGCGAAGCAAUCGGACGUACCGAGGCAACUGAAGCAUUCUUUGCGGUCACGAAGUUAUGGCAAAGUAAAGAUGCGAAUUUGAGAAGAUUGGUGUAUCUGGCGAUCAAAGAGAUGAGCGAUAUCUCGGAUGAUGUGAUUAUUGUCACAAGCAGCUUGACGAAAGAUAUGACGGGUCGUGAGGAUAUGUAUAGAGCGCCAGCGAUUCGUGCUUUGUGUUACAUUAUUGACUCGAAUAUGCUGCAAGCAAUAGAGAGAUACAUGAAGCAGGCGAUUGUUGACAAAAAUCCAUCAGUGUCAUCGUCAGCAUUGGUUUCCGCAUUGCAUCUUCUCAAAAAAAGUCCUGAAGUGGUGCGACGAUGGGCAAAUGAAGUACAAGAGGCUGUUUCUUCGGACAGGUUAUUUCGAUUCAUAGUUUAG